AUGCCUGACGGAUACGACUACCUCUUCAAGCUGCUCCUGAUCGGGGACUCUGGCGUCGGCAAAUCAUGUCUCCUGCUGCGGUUCGCGGAGGACGCGUUCACGGACAGCUACCUCAGCACCAUUGGCGUGGACUUCAAGAUCAGGACGAUUGAACUGGAGGGGAAGACGGUGAAGCUGCAGAUUUGGGAUACCGCUGGCCAGGAGCGUUUCCGUACGAUUGCUGCUGCGUACUACCGCGGCGCGCAGGGUAUCAUCAUGGUGUACGAUGUCACAGAACAAGAAACGUUCUCCAACGUCAAGGGGUGGAUCACGGAGAUCGAGCGUUACGCGUCCGAGGGCGUCAAGAAGCUCAUCAUUGGAAACAAGUCCGACCUCGUCGAGCGGAAGGUCGUGGAGUACUCCAUAGCGAAGGAAUUCGCGGACAGCCUUUCGAUACCCUUCAUCGAGACCUCCGCCAAGAACUCGACAAACGUCGAGGAGGCGUUUACCCUCAUGGCGAAGACCAUCAAAGACGAGUGCCCAGAGGAGUCCUCCGGUGCCUCCAAGACCACGUCUGUCACUCCCGGACGCAACCUCAGCCAAGAGAACGAGUCCGGCGGCUGUGCGUGUUAA